UCUUAAGGGGUAAUAUAUAUUUUUAGGACUUGGUUACUUUUGUUUGAUAGUUCUUCCCCAAACCAUGUUUCUUGUCACGUGUUCUACAAAAAUGGCAUUGCACAGUGACUUAACUGUUUAUGCCAAAAGGUAUGUAUAAUUAUUUAUCUGCUUCAAUAAAGUCAGAAGCAGCUUGACUGAUGUGUUUAUUACGUUCCGGAUCGAAUUACGGUGGCCUACGAGAGCUGGUGUUGCGCACUUUGCCUGCAGUACGGUGCUCGCGCUUUGUCUCCAUGGUGGCAGCGGGUGAAGUCCGGGUUGAAGACGAGGUUCAUGGGACAUGGAAGAGAAUGAAAUCUGUAUGGAGAGAGCACAUGAAUUACUGGGAGCAGAGCCCAACAUUGCAGAGGUACCUGAGGGUGCACAGCAGGUUUUCCAGCAGCUGCCUGGUAUCAAUGCCAACCAGCCCACCCUGGAACACCAAAACUCGUCUGCAGUCCUGCCGAUCACACUGCAAACAGACAAUCCCCCAGCGUGUGGGAAUGUGCCUGAGCAAGCAUCCCAUAGCCAGCCCAACGCCAGCAGUCAGUUCCACAUCUUCGAUCAGAAUGGACAGCCUGUCCAAUACGAGCGCAUGGUGAUUGUCACUGGCCAAUCAGAGAAUGGACAGGUCUUCCAUGUGAUUCCAUCCAGCCAGUUAGGAUCAGCGCAGGUGUUACUACCUCAGGGACAGCUCCUGGAUGUGACGGCCGCACAGAAUUCCUGUGAAGAAAAGACAGCUGUCAGUGAAUUGCAAACAGUUUCCUUGAGUGCAAUAGCAGACAGCACAAGUGGCUACGUGACGCUUUCCCAGCCUUCCCUUACCCUGCCGAAAAACACAGCACCCAGCGCUGAUAACUGUUUCGCGGUGCCUUCCAAGCCUCUCCCACCCAACACACCCGCCUGGGCCCGGAGACUCAGGAGCUGUGAGAAAAUCGGAGACUCGUUCCGCGGUUACUGUUUGAACGAAGCUGAGCUGGAGGGGGUGCUGACGCUGCACAAGCAGCAGACUCAGAGCGUGUGGGGGACCCGGCAGUCUCCCAGUCCGGCCAAACCGGCCACCAGGCUCAUGUGGAAGUCUCAGUACGUGCCCUACGACGGGAUACCCUUUGUGAAUGCAGGCAACAGGGCUAUAGUGAUGGAGUGUCAGUUUGGACCAAGACGGAAAGGACUGCAGCCUAAGAAGACUGUAGAGAAUGAGGUCAACCCAAACCAGCAAUACAAGGCAACCUGUCCAGCGAGGAUUUACAUCAAGAAGGUAAAGAAGUUCCCUGAACACAGAGUGCCGACAGACCCCAAAGUUGACAAGAAAAUUGUCAGGCAAGAACAAGAGAAAGCUUUUUUGAAUCUGAAGAAGAGCCUCUGGGAUGCAGGAGGAGUGUUGAGGUAUUAUGUUCAGCUGCCCACUCAAAAGGCCCACCAGUACCAUGACUUGGAGACUGCGUACUUCCCUCCGCCCACGCAGCUCCCCCUGCCUGUGCCUGAGGAAGAGGAGCUGGAAGAGGAGGAAGAGGAGGCGCCGGGAGAAGACACCAGCUGCGUUCCCUCGCGCCUACACCCACGCGUGGCUGAGAAGAUCUGUGAGCUGGUCUCUCAGGGAUACGACCAGGUCUACAUGGUCAGGAAACAGCUCAGGAAGUUCGUAGAGCGAGAGAUGUUCAAAGCAGACGAGGUUCCUGAAAGACACAACCUGUGCUACUUUCCAACAGUGAAUGACAUUAAGAAUCAUAUCCACGAGGCACAGAAGGCCCUUCACCAGGAAAAUCCUGAUUACAAUCCAGAGGCAGCUGAUACAAGGCUUCAGUGGACUACAGACAGUGGAAACCCAAUAACAGAGACAGUGACAUUGACACUUGCUCCAACAACAAUGGACGAAGCCCCGGUGGAUUUGAUGAUCUCAAAGGCAGGGAAUCUAGAAGUCAGUGACACGCUGUCUCCUGAGGCAGUUCAACUCCUCAGCUCCUUCUCCUCCCUACAGCCCAAGAUAUUUGCACAGUUACAGGGAAUCCAUCUGCAGCCCACAUUCAAUCCCCAUGAUGGGUUGCCUGCACUGAUGGCAGUGAAUGCCCAGCCCCUCCCAGCAGUCAGCCAGGCUACAGAGAUCCUGGACUCAGGAAGCCUCUCCACCUCCCACCCUCUGCUCCUGAGUCCCACGCAGUUCCUGCAGCCCAGCGCCUCCCUUUCAGAGAAUGUGAUGGCGCCGCCCACCCUGGUAAAUGUGUCCAUCCCUGACCCCAGCCUCCUGGGCAUGGGCCAGCUGGUGGCAGUGUCUGCUGUGGGAGAGAGCUCCAUGGAUGGGGGGAUGCACCAGAUCCUGCUGGAAGACGGGCAGACCAUUCCAGUGCACAUCAUGGAUGACCCAGCCAGCACUGCUCAGAACAACUCAGUCUGCUCAAGCCAGGUAAAAGUGGAAGCUGAUAACAGGAGCAUUUCAGAAGGUGGCAAUGCAACUGGGCACUGACCAGACAGAUGAGAACCCUGCCUUACACCAGUGGGCCUGUCACCAUUAUAAUGUCAGCUAACCUCAUGUAAGUCUCUGCAACUCAGGAGCCUUGAAGCCCUGAAUUCACUGUUUCUGUUAAGAACUUUCUGUAGUUUAAUGGGGCAGCAGGACCAGUGAACAAGAACAGCACUUUUGAAGGGGCAAGUGGUACAAUUUCAAUUCAGCUAUGCAAGAGGUCAUUAUUAUAUAUAUAUAUAUAUAUAUAUAUAUAUAUAUAUAUAUAUAUAUAUAUAUAUAUAGCAUUUGUUAAAAUGUGCUUACAUGAUAAAUCCCAUUAGCAAGAGUACUGAUGACAUGAAUAUUUUGUGAACUCAAAACUACUGUAUUAUUUUAUUUGACAGACCUAUAAGCCUUGGUUACACAUACUCAGCGGCAUGUUUUAUUUUGUAGUACAUUUCACAAAGGUGCUGCUCAAGGUGGGAGGGAAAGUACAGUGGACUCCCUGCCUUACAACAACCAGAAUUAUCCGAUUGAACUUUCCAAAUUAAACGGUGGAGAUCUGCUGACUGUCUCUACAUUGAAAAUGACUGGUCUGUUCUUUCUUGUCAAUUGGUUUGGAAGGAGGGAGCUUACUCUUCUUUACAUUGCUGGGGAGAUAGUUUUGAAUCUCCAAAUGGAAUAUAAUAAAACAACUUAAAAUAUUGACAUUUACUUAUUUUGUAGGUAUUCAAUACGUUAUUAGGUUAAACUACUGCUGACAACGUAAGUAAAUGCAUAGGUUAUACCCCACCAAUAAACAAUGAAUUAUAUUGUGUUUUUUUACCUGCUAUAUAGGUGUUUCAUUGUCUGCAAUGUACGGUUUACUUCAUUAAAUCAUGCAACUUUUUAGCCAGAGUACGUUUUUAAAUGCACUCAUGCUCAUAUUCCAUUGUGAAAUAUUCAGAUAAUUUUAAAGUCAUGAAAAUACUUUUACCAUGUAAAUGCUACGAUUGUCUAUAUAGAUGGGGUGUUUCUGCCACCACCAAACAGAAAUCUUUGUAUAGAAACAUCCACCAGUUGAACCAUCUCAGGUUAUUUUUAUCUGACAAUCAGUUUCAACUGGAGGAUGUAGUCUUCUCAGAUCCCAUUUGUUUGUGAAAAAGAGUAUUUAAGUUGCUUUGAUUUCUCCUGAAGAAUGGUGUAUUAUAUGAAACUGUACAGUGUUGAAACACGUAAAGUAUCCAAUUGUAUGUUGUUUCUGAAUAACCUUUUUGUUACACUUUUUAUCAAAACCAGGUUUUAUUUAAAUUAUUGAGCUGCUGGCAUUGUUUUAUUUUCACGAACUAGAAAUACCUAUGCAAAAUAAACACAUGAAAGCAGAAGGAAAACAUUAAUUGUAUGUAUUGAUUUAGCAUUCCCUUGUUAUGCAGCUGUUCAACAUCUAUUCUCUACAUGACAAGUAAAUGUAUGUAAAAUGAUAUUUAUAUUCCAAAUGACAACGCACGCAGCACAACUUUAAUGUUGUGUAGAACAGUGCUUCUCAACCCUGGUCCUUAGAGACCCGUCUUCUGAUUUUCAUUCCAACUGAGCUCUCAAUUACUCAACUAAACAGCUUAAUUAGGCCAUUUUAAUUGUUUCCAGCUCAACCAACAGUUGGGAGAUUUCAACUCAACUAUAAAAUGUUAAAAGUAACUUGAAAUCUGCAACUUUUUAGGAGUGGAGAACAAUUAAAAAGCUUAAUUAAGCUAAUUAGUUCCAUUAAGGGUUUAGUUAAGUAACGGAGAGCUCAGUUGGAAUGAAAACCGGAAGACACAAGGGUCCGAGGACUGGGGUUGAGAACCAGUGGUGUAGAACACACAAAAUGUAUUAAACUAAAAUGUUUAUUAAAAUAA